UACUUGAGGGAUAUGGCGGCUGCACUGAGCUUUGGUUCUGUUCCCGCGUUCUACCGCGAGGUGUAUCAGAUCGUAUGUCCAAAUCAAGAGGAGAAGAUUGAACGAGACAUGUUCGUGAAGAUCUUGGUGAAAUCGAGCCUUCCCAAACAAUCGCUCAGUCAGAUUUGGGAAGCUGUAGAUCCCAGGCAAGAUGGGUAUGUUUCUAGAGAUGGUCUGUACAAAGCAUUAGCUUUAACUGCUCUUGCUCAGCAAGGAAAAAAUAUAUCUGAGAAAGCACUGGAGCAGUUUGUUGAUUCAGAUUUACCAAAGCCUUCAUUAGGAGAUCUAUCAGAUCUCAAAUCUCUCAGUGUGCGGCACAGACGUGAAAACAACCCAAAUGUACUGGGCUACAACUACGAUGAACUAGUGAGUUUGGAUACAGUUGAUGUUGAACUUGUACCAGAAAAGAAAGGCAUUAUCUUAAAGCACAAUGAGUAUCAUGUUUCUAGCAAGAGGCAUAACUGCACCGUAAAUCGACGUUACAACGACUUUGUUGCCUUCCAUGAUAUGCUGUUAUUGAGAUUUCCAUAUCGUCUCAUUCCAACUCUUCCUCCAAAGAAGCUCAUGGGUGCAAGCAAAGAGUUCAUUGAGGCCAGAAAGAGAGCUUUAAAGCGCUUCCUGAUGCUUGUUGUGAGACAUCCAGUGCUCUGUGAAGACAAGAUUGUAAACUUCUUUCUUACAGUGAAGGGCUCGGAUAUUGGUCAGAAAAUGAAAGAUCAGUUUAAAUCAAUGCCUGAUGAAUUUAUGACCAGCCCUCUUGCCUCAAAAGCUAAGGAAUUAGUUCCCAUGGAUACACAAUCUAGUUUUCAAAGCAGUCGAUUACAAAUUCAGGCCAUUCAUAAUAGUGUGGAAAAGCUAAAAGAUAUUGCUGACAGAAUGACAGCAAGAGCACUUGCAUUUUCUUCUGACAUGCUUCAAUUUGCCAAAGAGCUGACGGCUCUUAGCAAUGAACCGCACCCAACCACAGUGUGGGCUAGUGGUAAUGACACCACGUGGGGCACCCUUAAACAUGGCUUUACUGGAAUCACGCCUUAUUACUCCAAGCUUUCUGAAAGAGGAGCCACUUGGUUUAGUAGAGAAGAUGCAGGUGCAGUUGAAUAUUUAGCCUUAUUCUUGGACUUAACUUCCAGUUACAAGGAACUGUGUGAACGACAUGAAAAGGGAGUAUUAAAAGAUCAUCAAAACUCACUGCACAAGAUGCAGCAGAUCAAAAAGCGUCAGAUUGCUGCACAAGCAAAGGGACAAGAACAAGCAGUCGACCAACUGGAGUCCAAAAUAGUUGAACAAGAGACGGACAUCAGUAACAUGGAAAACCGGAACUUUUAUUCACUGCAUUGUCUUCAGUUAGAGACCCAGUUGGUGCAUGCUAACAUGAAGAUAUUGGCUAUUAUCCUACAAAAAAUGGUUGCAUCACAGGUAUUGGGACACAAAGAGGUUGGUGAAGUGUGGAACGAACUCGAGCCACAUGUGGAUGGUUUACUUCCCAGCAAUUCCCCUGCAUCAUCACCACCUGGAUCACCUCCCACGAUGUAAUGUUAGAACCCUGUUUGUUGAACAUUCCAUCUCAAGGCACACAGCCAUUCAGUCAGGGCAUAUGGCUCUCUGGGAGAUUUUAGAGAACGAGCAUCUUUUGUUAGACCUCCCAUAGUCUGCUAUGGUAUUAACAAUGUCUGGGAUAACAAUGUUAUUUGGUAUCUAAAGGAUCGACUAACUUUGUUAGAAAAUAAAAAUAAUUUAAUUUAAUCAACACAGCUACUAUACACUAAUUGACUGGCAAGUUGGUAAAUGUGUCUUGGCUGAUGUGUUGGCUGGAUCAGAUCUUGUAUCCAAGACUUGGUACUUAAAUCACAGACAGCUUGACACAAAAUGUGAGACAGCUACCUCACAGCUUCAAGGCAUUAUCAUGCCUUAAUAAUUUCAGAGUUAUCUUUUCAAGCCUGUUUCUGAAUUUAUGCCCUAUCUUUUUUGAACACAAGGCUUCCAUGUAGAUAGCUAACAUAAAUAUUAUUAACUAGCUGCCUUGUUUUCAAGCACCCAUUGCCUUUUUUUCAGUGAAAGGUGAAAAACAGAGAGCAUGGGAGUAAUUCUGGACACCUUUCUGAGUGUAACAGUCCCACACGUGAUAACAGGCCCACAUAAGAGACACAGCAAAUCAGUAAUUUUCCAUACAUGAAGCUUAUCUUGCAUAUUAUUCAGCCUGUUUGUUCUGGAAAAUUAUUUUCAAAUAUUGGAUAUUUUCUAUGUGGCACUUUGGGGUCCUUGUACAAGGCAAUGUAAUGAAAGUGUGUGCAUGGAACUUGUGUUCUCGCUCAAGUGCAAAUAGAAUCAUUUUUAAGCAAUCCCCCUGUACUCAGUUUUCUGAGUUAUCAAAAAAUUUGAAAUAUUCAAGACACUAGUUGGAGAGGAUUUUUCUAACAGAAAAUUAUUUUGCAGUAAAGAUAAAAAUACUUAUAAAAGAGGUGAAACAAAACACGUUGGUGAGCCACUACAGAGGCAGUCUUUGUAGAUUCAUUCAUGUACUUUUGAAACAAAAGGUUAGCGUUAAAAUACUAAACUUUUGUCUAAAUAAAAGAGGCAUAAUAUUAUCACUGCUACUUAAAGUACUGAUCAUUCAUCAUUCAGUAUGGUUUCAAUGUAGAGCUGCAUAAUUUGUACAUAUUAUCAUAUGCAAGUGCUACACAUUAGCUUUUAACUGAUUGGUUGUACACUAGGGUUUCAUCCAGUGAUGUAAGCAUUUUAGCCACCUUACAUGUGUACAGUGUAAUAAACCAGUUGUGAAUGACAGUA